AUGUUGGAUUGGAAUGAUGAAAAUGGUGUUUGGAUCCAGCGACUAUAUGCUUGCUAUUCAAAGAAUGAAGUCAUAUCACCAGAAGCUCUGAUCACUUGGUUCAUCGACUAUCUUAAUUAUCCUUUCAUCGUUGAAGAAAACCAUAAAACCGUUAUAUGCGUUCCCAAUGACUACGUAGACAUGAAGAGCUAUCCGUUUCAGAUAGUUUCUUUCUGUGCGCCUGAUGCACGUGUUGGGGAAAUUCUGCGAUUUUCUGAGAAAACAGAGCUUUUCUGUUGCACCAUGCUUACAGAUUCACUUUCGUUAUUGAUUUUAGCUGGUCUGGGUUGUGUUCAAGUGUGGAUGGUACGUGUUAUAUAA